AUGGGCGCGAGGGCCGCCCUGUGGGGCGUCGCGCUGCUCUGCGCGCUGGGCCUGGGCCGGGGCUCCCCCGCCGCCCCCCAGGGCUCCCCCGGGGGCCCGAGCUGCGCGCCCGGCCGCCUCCUGCGCGGCGCCGGGCGGGACGCGCGCUGCUGCGGGCCCUGCGCCUCCGCCGAGGCCUGUCCCGCCGAGGCGCGCUGCACCUGCCUGCAGCCCGAGUUCCACUGUGCGGACCCCGAGUGCCAGACCUGCAGGCACCACCCCUGCCCGCCGGGCCAGGGCGUGAAGGCCUACGGGAACUUCACGUUCGGCUUCAAGUGUGUGGACUGCGCCGCGGGGACCUUCUCCGGGGGCCGCGAGGGUCGCUGCACACCGUGGGCCGACUGCUCCCGGCACGGGCUUCCCACCAUGUUCCCCGGAAACAAGACGCACAACGCGGUGUGCAGCCCGGUGCCGCCGCCGCCGCCUGCUGAGCCGCGCUGCCCGCCGACCGCCGUCCUGGCCGUGGCCGCCUGCGUCCUGGUGCUGGUGGCCGCCCAUCUCGGCCUGCACCUCUGGCAGCUGCGGAGGCAGCGCAUGUGGUCCCCAGAGGCCCGGCUGCUCCCGGAGGCGCCGCCCCCGCCCGAGGACGCCUGCAGCUGCCAGUUCCCCGAGGAGGAGAGGGGGGAGCAGCUGCUGGAGGAGAAGGACCGGCUGGGCGCCUGUGAGUGA